AUGCCGCGCGGCAUCAACCACCAGGAGUUGCGAGCUCAGUUCCGCCUGGCGGUCUGCCGCCUGAUGAACCAGCUGCGUACCUUCUCCCGCUACAUCCUCAAGGUCGAUGAGCUCCAGUCGGUUGGAGUCUAUGUUUCCGAGUUUGAUCCCUUCGACCUCAAUGAGGCCAUCAUCUUCCAACCCUUUCCGGAACAAGAGCUCCUGGAAUACCAUAUCGACGAGGUACUCUUGCAGGAUGAGUGGGUCUUAAAGAGACUCGAACUUCCGGAUUGGACUCCCCUCGAGAGUUCGAACGGUGUUAUCUCCCGUCGUGAGGAAGAACUUGAUGCCAAGAAGUCUAGUGAGCGCAUCUUUGAACACCUGGAGGCUAUGUAUUCCUGUUUGUCGAAGACCUAUGAACCCAACAACCCUCUCUCCAUGGCUCGCAACUGGACUGACAUUCCUAUCCCGCAUCCUGAAUACACUUGGCCCCCCGAACUUGACAUCAACAGCUGGCCCCGCGAGCCAGGCCUUUUGAAUCACGGGCCAACCGCAGAGCAUGUCGGAUGGUGCUGCCAACAGGCAGCUGAAUGGAAGGAACACGUGCGACGAGGAGAACCCAGGAUACAACCACAUGUACGACUUGUCGUCGUCCAUGGCGCAACCGGUACCCCAAAUGGAGUCCUUCUUGGCGAGCUGGGCACUAUUGCACAGGUUAUCUACAACCGUCUUAACCAGCCACGCUUUGAGAACGAUUCUUACUUUCCGGUACUGGUGAUUUCGCUUUUCGGACCUCGCCAUGGACGUAUUCUGCAGGCUGUGUACAGACGUUCUGGACACAUGGAACUUCGUAUCACUCAGAUUUACGACUUCACUAAGACUGAUGACGCUCCGUUUGACCUCUUUCUGCGGUAUCUCGCAAGUAACCCCCGGCGUGAUGAGUACUGA